GAGUAGAGUACGUACUCCUCUGGUGUUCUUCUUGCGUCACUCGCUCGUGACCCCGCGACGAAACAGCUACUCCGUACACACCUGAAGGAGGAAAUACUCUGUAGGCCAGAUCUUUGUGCCCUUUUGCGCAGGCCAGUUGAUCGAAGGGCAUCAAUAACACAUAACACAUCAAACUCUCUUUUCCACUGCCAAACUCUGACUCGACUCGACUCAACUCGGAACUCUCACUCUUCUUCUGUGCAUCGCGGCGGGGCACCAAUCAAGUGUCGCCCGAAUUGCGCAAAAGAAAAAGAAAAAAAAAAGAAGUAAAAGAAAAAAAAGGAAAAUGGACGGGACUGGAGUUAAGAGGAGGGACACAACCAAGGGUCCUCCCCUCCGCAUUCUAUCUCUCGAUGGAGGAGGAGUCCGCGGGUACUCCAUGCUUAUUAUCGUCCAAGAGCUCAUGCAUCGCGCCUAUGUCGAGAUCGAGGGCCGCGCCCCGCGUCGUCACCAAAUACCCAAACCAUGCGACCACUUCGACCUCAUCGUGGGCACCGGCACAGGCGGCUUGAUCGCCCUGAUGCUCGGCCGCCUGCGCCUCGACCUAGAGACAUGCAAGGAGCUGUAUGUCCGGCUGACGCGCAUGGUCUUCGAGACGGAUAAGACGAUCGCCGGUAUCCCCUACCGCUCGACCCUUUUCAAGGCUUCCAAGCUGGAGGCGGCCAUCAAGGAGUGCGUCCGCGAACACACCGUAUACGAGGGCGAAGGCAACGACGGCACAACGCCCAACAUGGCGAACCCGCUCACCGGCUCCAACAACUCUUCCUAUCCGAGACGCCAGUCCAGCAACGCCAGCGUUGUCAGCUUUAGCGCACGUGGCCCUCAGGCUGAAACGACGCGGUUCGGCUUCCCCUCGCAGUGGGGAAAUCCAGAGGCCCGUCUGUACGACUCGAGGGAAAAUAGAACGAAGACGGCGGUAUUAACAAUGUACAAGGGCGCCGGAAAGGGGCAACCGCCCGUUAUCCUGCGAUCGUACGACUCGAGAAGAGAGCCCCCUCCCGAGUUCGACUGUAAGCUCUGGGAAGCCGCGAGGGCGACUUGUUCCAUCGGACUCGCGUUCAAGCCCAUCCAGAUCGGCCAGUCUGUGUUCCACGAUGACGGCGCCGGCCCGUUCAACCCGGCACCAGAAGCGUUGGAAGAGGCCACCGUGAACGAAUGGCCCGGUAGGGAGGUGGGUGUGUUCAUCAGCGUGGGCACGGGGAAAAGGCCGAGGGGAAGCGACGCAAACCAGAACAUGUGGUACGAGGGGUUUCUAGGGGAAUUCGGCGAGGCACGACGCCGACUCGUCGCAAAGAUUGAGGGUUGCGAGACGACGCACGAGAGGAUGAUCAAAGAGCUGCUACCGGCCCGAGGCGUCAGCAUCGACAACUACUACCGGUUCAACGUGGAAAUGGGAGUCGGCGAGUUUGGCAUGAACGAGUGGCACCGCCUGGCCAACAUCAGCAGCGGAACCAGGCAGUAUCUCCGGCGGGAGGCAGAACAAGAGAUGAUCCAGAACGCGACGGGUAAGAUGGCCAAUAUCCACAAGGCACACCAGCGCCUGGCGCGCCAAGCUGCACUCCCCGACGUGCCUGAAGGCAGAAAGGUACACACCAUGCUGGAGCCAAUGGCUGCGGAGCUGCCCGGGGAUUCCCCGACCCUGCCGGCGUCCUUCCCGCAGUCCCUCUCGUCGCCGAGGCAGUCGUACGACUCGGGUAUGGACUCACUCCAUCUUCCUACCAUGGGCGCGCAGCGAUCACCAAGAGCCUCGGGCGACCAUCCACCACCAUCACCACUGGGACCGGCAUCGCAUACGAGGAGGGGCUCAUCACCUCCGCGGCCCAGGCACUCGCCGCCGCCGGCUCCGGGGCCAAACCGUCGAAGGAACUCGGACGAAGCGGAUCGGUUUGUUGUCACGGCGCCCACGCCGUCGCAGUACCGACACGCGGCUGGAGCUGAUAAGAUCGCCAUCAUGAGCCCCGACGAGCACCCCCGGUGGCCUGUACCCCCGACCCAACCGCUGCCGCCACUACCGCCACAAGACGGGCCUCACCGUAUCCCUCCCCCUUUACCGCCUAAGACGCCUCUCCCCGAGCAGCAAGCAAGCCGUACCCGUUAUCCGGGCAUCGGUGUAGCGCUGCCGUAUCCGGGGGAUGAUGAGCCGCCACCAGUGAACAUGGCGCGCAAACCGGAUUUCCGAGGCAGGUGAGAUGAGGGCCUACGGCAGGAACCGGGACCUCAUCUAUGGGGAAGGGCCAUGCGGUUUCUUUACCAACGGGAAGAAGAGGCAGCAAGAUACGAUACGCAAGGGAUGACACAAAUGUCCGUGGAAUGUCCGGGCCUGUCUCCUAUCUUGUGAGGCCUUUUUUGCGUGGGAAGUUUGUUUUUCUUUUUUUAUCCAGUUGCGUAUAUGUCUGUCGAGAUUCCCCGUUGCUAUAUAGGUUUCACAUACCACUCUAUGCCAGCUAUGUGACGUUCAGAGUUAUUUCAAUAUGACGUUUUAUAUGAACGACUGAGAUAUAGGAUGGAAGUGAGGAAGAAUAAAUGAGCGAAAUGGUACAGAGGCGAGUCGGGAUGACCUGACCUCUUUUUUCCCCCCUUUCCCAUCCCUGCUCUCUCUCUCUCUUUCUUUCUUCCCUCUCUCUGCUUUAUUCUCAUGUCCCUGUUCGAUUUUCCUUUUGUCAGGUGGAAUGGCAGCU